AUGGUCGGAAUGAGUGACUCGUCCGUGCACGCGGUCGCCGGAGCGGCGGGAGGCUGCAUCGCCAUGGCUGUGACCUACCCCCUCGUCAACCUCUCGACGCGCUCCCAGGUCGAGGCCAAAUCAAAGAAGGAGAGCACUCGCAGCGCCGCGCUGAAGGUCAUCCAGCGCGACGGUAUCGCCGGCCUGUACGAUGGCUUGAGCUCGAGUCUGCUCGGCAUUGCCGUGACGAACGGUAUCUACUACCUCUGCUUCGAGGAAGCCCGCGCCGUCGUCCUCAAGUCUCGCAAGGGCACCCGCGCCACGCUCUCGACGCUCGAGUCGAUCCUCGUCUCGGCGUUCGCUGGUGCAGCAACUUCGGUCCUGUCGAACCCGAUCUGGGUCGUCAACACGCGGCAAACGGUCCGCACGACCGUCGCAUCCGACCCGACUGCACCAGCGGGGAAGAAGGUCAUCGAGAAGCGCCGCACGAUCUGGCAGACCAUCAUCGACAUCCUCCGCACCGACGGGCCGGCCGCCUUCUUCCACGGGCUCGGACCGGCACUCAUCCUCGUGUCGAACCCGAUCCUGCAGUUCACGCUGUUCGAGCAGCUCAAGAACUUCAUCCUGCGCCGCCGGGCACUCCGCCUCACCAAGGGCAACGCCAACGCCCCUCCCCUCACCGACCUCGACUUCUUCCUCCUCGGCGCCGUCACCAAGCUCUUCGCGACGAGCGUCACCUACCCUUACCUCACCGUCAAAGCUCGCAUGCAAGCCGGCAACGCCGAAGGCAAGUCGUACACCUCGUCCCUCGACGGUCUGCGCAAGAUCAUCGCGCGCGAGGGACCGCAGGGCUUGUACAAGGGUAUUGCGCCCAAGCUCACGCAGUCGGUUGCCACUGCUGCGUUGCUCUUCCUUGCGAAGGAGAAGAUCUAUAACGCGACGCGCAAGGCGCUUAUUGGGACGGUCGCGAAGAACGCCGCCAAGGCGUAG